UUCAAUUAUAAAUUGAAAUAAAUCCAGAAUGGUAAAUCACUGCGACGAGUGUCCGUAUUACUUCGAUUUGUUGAAUGUGUGUCCCAUCGUUCCAUUCUCUCAGGCUGGAGAGCAACCAUGGGAGUUCCUGAUCAGCUUUGUGAUGGUGCUUGCUUCCACAAAUGUACUGUUCAAUUUCGCCUCGGUUUUCUAUACAACGACCAAUUGGAUAAAUAAGAUCCAUCUACUACCAAUUUAUGCUGUACCACUGUUGCUAUCAGAACUUGUGCUGAAAUUUGUGCUUAAUCAACCUAGACCAGAUGGUGCUUGUGCUGAUACACCAGGGAUGCCAUCAGGACACGCUGUUGCUUCUGGACUGAUCUUUGCUAUUGUAUGUGUCUUGCAGAUGACCAAGCUUAUUCCAAAAACCUAUGCCUUCCUUUAUAUCUCCAUUGCAGUUCUUCAAGCUUACAGUAGGAUCCAUCUAGGAUACCAUGAUUACCUCCAAGUUUUUGUUGGGUUCUCAUUAGGUACUAGCUCAGCCCUUAUUUUGAUGAUGUUUUUCCCUAUCUAUCCCAAGAAGGACGAACUCAACACAAAAGAAGAGAAAUUGGUAGUUGACCAAGAUUACCUUUACCAAAUCGCCAUGGCCAACCAAAGCCCAGCUUCCCAAAUGGUGUAAAUUAAAUUACAUCAUUCUAUUUCUUUAUCCCGACUGGGUUAUUUGAUUAUCCAACCUUCU